AUGGAUGAAAACGGAUAUCCUCAUUAUCAAAGAAAAGAUGAUGGUGUUUCACAUGAACUACCUAAUGGUCAUAUUAUUGAUAAUCGAUGGGUUGUACCACAUUGUCGUAACUUAUUAAAAAUGUUUGAUUGUCAUAUAAAUGUGGAAAUUGUUUCAAGUGUUCGAGCUGUGAAAUAUUUAUAUAAAUAUAUUUAUAAAGGGCAUGACGCAGCUACUGUAACUAUUGGAACUGAAAAUUCAUCUAGAAAUGUUAUCAACCACGAUGAAGUUUCUAAUUUUAUAGAAACUCGCUAUGUUGGACCUGUUGAGGCAUGUUAUCGAAUUCUGAGUAAAACCUUACAAGAUAAAAGUCAUACUAUAGAACGAUUACCUGUUCAUUUACCAAAUCAACAUUGCGUAAUCAUUUCUAAUGAUGCAGACAAUUCUGUAAGAAAUCUCAAUGAAGUAAGUAGUAAACUACUUGAUUUUUUCAAGUUAAAUAUUGAAAAUGAAAAUGCACGACAAUAUUUGUACAGUGAUAUUCCAAAUUUUUUUACAUAUAAAAAAGAAAAAAUCAAUGGCAUUAAAGUGACUAAAUGGGUAACACGUAAAAUGCAUUUCAACUAUUUCGGACGUAUGUUUUCGGUCAGUCCUAUACAAAUAGAGUUAUUCCACUUGCGAUUACUAUUAUUACAUGUAAGAGGAGCCACAAGCUUCGAUUCAUUAAAGACAGUUAAUGGCAUACUACAACCUUCAUUCACAGCAGCAUGUCUUGAACUGGGACUAAUAGAAGAUGACCAAGAAUGGGCUAAAGCUCUACAAGAAGCCACGUUAUGGAUGAUGCCACGAAGACUUAGACAAUUAUUUGUUCGCAUUUUAAUACAUUGCCAACCAAUACAUCCUGAAAAAUUAUGGGAUGAAUUUAAAGAUGCAUUAUCCGAAGAUUUUUCAAGAACAAACAAUACUGAUGUAAGUCAUCAACUGGCAUACGCUGACAUACAUAAUAUGUUAAAUCAUGAAGGUAAAAGUUUGUCUGAUUUUCCUUCUAUGAAUCAAACAAUUAUUAGUCAUUUAUCACUUGAAAAUAGCGAUCAAGUAUCACAAACAAAUUUUGCAGACAUUGGAAAACAACAAUAUGAUUUAUUGAAUGAACAACAAAAAGAAAUUGUUGAUGUUAUUUUGGAUUUAGCUACUGAUGCUAAUGACCAGGUGAGCAAGCAUAAUUGUUUAUAUAUUGAUGGUCCAGGAGGAUCGGGGAAAACUUUUAUCUAUACGACUAUUUAUAAUUUAUUAUGUUCCAGAAAUAUUAAAGUUACUUCAAUGGCUUUUACAGGGAUUGCUGCAAUUUUACUUUCAAAAGGAAAAACAGUGCAUAAAACAUUUGGCCUUCCAGUUCCUAUGUAUAGUGAUUCAUCUUCAAGUAUUAAAGCGCAAUCUAAAGAAGGUCUUUUAUUAAAAGAAACAAAAGUUUUCAUUUGGGAUGAAGCCCCCAUGGCUCCAAGAUUUGCAUUGGAAAUAGUUAACAGAACGCUUAAGAGCAUUAUGAACAAUGAUUUACCAUUCGGUGGUAAAGUUAUGGUUUUGGGUGGUGAUUUUCGACAACUUUUACCAAUUAGACUUCACGGAACACGAAGUGAAACAUUGAAUCUUUCUAUAAAAUACAGUGAAUUAUGGAGACAUUUCAUCAAAUAUAAUCUUACAACGAAUAUGAGAAUUUUACCUCAUGAAGUCGAUUUUGCAAAAUUUUUAUUAUUAGUUGGUAACGGAACAUUGAAUGACCAACACGAUAAUUUGACGUUACCUGAUCAUUGCAUUCUUAAUAUUAAUGAUGAUGUUGUUGAAACUGUAUUUGGUAAACUAAUUAGAGAAAAGAAAUUUGAUGAAAUGAGUAAAUGUGCUAUUUUAUCUGCCAGAAACGCCGACGUUGAUGAGAUGAAUAAAUUAAUUACUAAUUUACUAGAUAUCACUACGGAACAUGUUUAUACUGCAAUCGAUAGUACUGAUAAUUGUGAUAAUGGGGAAUUUGAUGAAGUACUUUUACCUGAAUAUUUAAAUUCUUUAAAUCCUUCCAGUUUACCUCCCUAUGAAUUACGAUUAAGAAAAAACUGUAUUGUUAUGCUUAUUCGAAAUAUUAGUAUUCAUGAAGGUUUAUGCAAUGGUACACCUUUACGAAUAUUAGAUUUUUCGCAUCAUUUAUUGAAAUGCCAAGUUUUAACAGGAGAUAAAUCUAAUAAUAUAGUAUUUUUAAAUCGCAUCUCAUUGUUUUGUACUAAUGAGUACCCAUUUUCAUUUAAAAGACGUCAAUUUCCAGUUAAAUCAGCAUUUGCAAUGACGAUUAAUAAAGCUCAAGGAUAA